AUGAUGAUACUUCUCUGGGCUGUUUUGGCGGGGGCCAAUGCCGCUUCCAUUAUGGGCUGGUCUGGGGACCAGACGCCAAUAACUCCGUUCGAAAAGCCUCUGAUCUCUUCUGAGGGCAUCCUAGAAUUGAUUAAUGAAGAUGAUCUCAAAGAUUAUGCCAAUAAAUUUUACAGCGCCGCAGAAAAGAGUGUUCCCACCCAUGGACAUCCCACACGGGUCAUUGGAUCAGCCGGCCAUAACGCCACAAUUCAGUUAAUCACCGAUACUCUUGAGGAGCUUGAGGGCUUCUAUAAGGUUUCAACCCAGCCGUUUCUGGCUAUUGGUGGCAGAGUUCACAACUAUAGUGUUGUUGACGACGAUAAAGUUGUACCUAGCCGCCCCGUUCGGUUGACUCCUGCAACUGACGGCCCUGUCUCAGCCCCCAUUUUCAAGGUGCAGGGCUAUGGUUGUAUCAAUCGUGAUUUUGAUGGUGCAGAGGGCGCUAUUGCUCUGGUGCCUCGCGGCAAAUGUGCGUUUGGUGCCAAGUCAGAAUUUGCCGGUUUGGCAAACGCAAAGGCUCUUUUAAUUUAUGAUCCCGAGCAAGUCGAUGACGGACUUGUAUCUGGCGACUUGGGCACACCCUUGGAACACCAAAUCCCCUCCUUAAUUGUUGAUUUGGAUUGGGCCAAAUCGGUCGCCGAAGGAACACAAGUCACGGUUGAGGUAGACUCGGAAAUUUACAAUCAAAUGACAUUCAACAUCAUUGCAGAGUCUGUUGAUGGCGAUCAUGACAAUGUCGUCAUGCUGGGUGCUCAUUCUGACUCUGUCGAGGCCGGACCUGGAAGCAACGAUAAUGGCAGUGGUGCUAUUGCUCAACUCAAUGUUGCCAGGGCUCUGUCUCAUUUCAAAUUGAAAAAUGCUGUCCGGUUUGCCUGGUGGGCCGCUGAAGAAGAAGGGCUCUUGGGUUCAUUGUAUUAUACCGAUAAUCUGCCUAUUUCAGAGUCGAAAAAGAUCCGCUUGUUCAUGGACUACGACAUGAUGGCUUCGACCAACUACAUUUACGAGAUUUACAAUAGCAACAAUGAAGACAACCCUUUAGGCUCUAGCGAGCUCAGAGAGAUGUAUGUUGACUUUUUCUCCAAAGAGGGCCACAAUUCUAAGCUUCAGCCCUUCGACGGCCGUAGUGACUAUGUGGGAUUCUUGGAGCUGGGUAUUCCCUCGAGCGGCUUCGACUCCGGCGUGGAGGAAAUCAAGACAGAAGAUGAUGUCGAGAACUUUGGCGGUGAGGCAGGCAUUGCUUAUGACACCUGUUAUCACCAGGCCUGCGACAACCUCGACAAUCUCAAUUACGAACCCUGGCUUGUAAACACUCGAGCAAUCGCUCAUUCCGUUGCAGUAUACGCCUCGUCCUUGGAAGGCUUCCCUGAACGUGAUGUUUCGGCUUUGUAUUAUGGUAAACCACACUUACGACCCAACUACUUCAUUUAA